CCCGCCCGAGCGCUUAGGGAGCAGCUGCCACCUGGCAGGCGGCCCGCUGGCCAUGGGGCCGUCUGAAGCUUCGGGGCGGCUGCCCCCGGAAGCGAGGGAUGGGGGCGGGAGCCGGCGCGCCCCCCGCCCCCGAGGGCUGUGUGGGGAGCCACUCGAGCGCCGCCCGCGGGCUGGCCUCGGGCCGCGGGAGGCGGCUGAGUGUGGAGGAGCCCCGGCCCAGGAGGCAGAGGGACACACAGGCACUGUUGCCUGUGCCACAAGCCAUGGAGCUAAGGAAGCGAGACUACCAUGUGGAGCGGCCACUGCUUAACCAGGAACAGCUGGAGGAGCUGGGGUGUUGGACCUCAGCAACUGGGACCCGCCAGUGGCGAACCUGGUUUCAGUGCUCCCGUGCUCGGGCCCGAGCCCUUCUGUUCCAACACCUUCCAGUUUUGGCCUGGCUACCUCGGUAUCCCUUGCGAGACUGGCUCCUGGGCGACUUGUUGGCUGGCCUGAGUGUGGCCAUUAUGCAGCUACCACAAGGCCUAGCCUAUGCCCUCCUGGCUGGACUGCCCCCCGUGUUCGGCCUCUACAGCUCUUUUUAUCCUGUCUUUGUCUACUUCCUGUUUGGCACUUCCCGGCAUAUCUCUGUGGGCACCUUUGCUGUCAUGUCUGUGAUGGUGGGCAGUGUGACAGAAUCCCUGGCCCCAGAUGAGAACUUCCUGCAGGCUGUGAACUCCACAAUCGAUGAGGCGGCCAGAGAUGCUACCCGGGUGGAGCUGGCCUCCACGCUCAGUGUCCUGGUCGGCCUCUUCCAGGUAGGGCUGGGCCUGGUCCGCUUCGGCUUUGUGGUCACCUACCUGUCAGAGCCCCUGGUCCGAGGCUAUACCACAGCCGCGUCUGUGCAGGUCUUCGUCUCCCAGCUCAAGUAUGUGUUUGGCCUCCAACUGAGCAGCCGCUCUGGGCCACUGUCCCUCAUCUAUACAGUGCUGGAGGUCUGCUCAAAACUGCCCCAGAGUGUGGUGGGCACGGUGGUCACCGCGUUGGUGGCCGGUGUGGUGCUUGUGCUGGUGAAACUCCUGAAUGACAAAUUGCACCGACGUCUACCCCUGCCGAUCCCCGGGGAACUGCUGACGCUCAUUGGGGCCACAGCCAUCUCCUACGGCGUGGGCCUGAAGCACAGAUUUGGGGUGGAUAUCGUGGGCAACAUCCCUGCAGGGCUGGUGCCCCCAGCAGCCCCCAGUCCCCAGCUCUUCGCCAGCCUGGUGGGAUAUGCCUUCACCAUCGCUGUGGUUGGUUUUGCCAUUGCCAUCUCUCUGGGGAAGAUCUUCGCUCUGAGGCACGGCUACCGGGUGGACAGCAACCAGGAGCUGGUGGCUCUCGGCCUCAGUAAUCUCAUUGGGGGCAUCUUCCAAUGCUUCCCCGUGAGCUGUUCCAUGUCCCGCAGCCUGGUACAGGAGGGCGCCGGGGGCAACACACAGGUGGCUGGAGCCGUCUCCUCUCUCUUCAUCCUCAUUAUCAUCGUCAAACUUGGGGAACUCUUCAGAGACCUGCCCAAGGCAGUCCUGGCAGCCGCCAUUAUCGUGAACUUGAAGGGCAUGUUGAUGCAGUUCACCGACAUACCUUCCCUCUGGAAGUCGAAUCGGAUGGAUCUGCUCAUCUGGCUGGUGACCUUCGUGGCCACCAUCCUGCUGAACUUGGACAUUGGCCUGGCAGUUGCAGUGGUCUUCUCUCUCCUGCUUGUGGUGGUCCGCACACAGCUGCCCCACUACUCUGUCUUGGGGCAAGUGACAGACACGGAUAUUUACCAAGAUGUGGCCGAGUACUCAGAGGCCAGGGAGGUCCCAGGUGUGAAGGUCUUCCGCUCGUCAGCCACCAUGUAUUUUGCUAAUGCUGAGCUCUACAGUGAUGCGCUGAAGCAGAGGUGUGGUAUAGACGUUGAUCACCUCAUGUCCCAGAAGAAGAAGCGGCUCAGGAAGAAGGAGCAAAAGCUGAAGCGACUGCAGAAGACUCUCCAGAAACAGACUGCAGCCUCUGAGGGGACUUCUGUUUCCAUCCAUGUUAACACCAGCGUCAGAGACAUGGAAAGCAACAAUGUGGAGGACUCUAAGGCCCAGGCGAGCACAGGGAAUGAGGUAGAGGAUAUAGCAGCUGGUGGUCAAGAAGAUACUAAGGCCUCAAAUGGGUCCACACUGAAGGCCCUGGGCCUGCCUCAGCCGCACUUCCACAGCCUCGUCCUGGACCUGAGUGCCCUCUCCUUUGUGGACACUGUGUGCAUCAAGAGCCUGAAGAAUAUUUUCCGCGACUUCCGAGAGAUCGAGGUGGAGGUGUACCUGGCUGCCUGCCACACUCCUGUGGUCACUCAGCUUGAAGCCGGGCACUUCUUCGAUGCAUCGAUCACUAAGCAGCAUCUCUUUGCCUCUGUCCAUGAUGCUGUCCUCUUUGCUCUCCAACACCCGAAGUCCAGCCCUGCCAACCCUGUUUUGAUGACCAAACUCUGACCACGCUGCUGCCCAGGCUGAGACUACUUACCUCUGGAGGUUGUGACCAGGCACUUGUGAGAAUGUCCCUACCCUUGGGCUGCCUCCAGAUGUCACCCAGGAGUCCUCUCCGUAUAUACACACACAUACAACUCAGGGAUGGAGGUUUUGGGACUCCCAAGUUCAGUGCUAUAGGCUUGGGCCUGGGGUUGGGCACUGGAGUCAGACCAGCACUGGCUGGGUGGGGGGAAGAUGCAUGUUUUUAGCCCCAGAAAUAAAGACCUGUUUGCCUACCACUGGGCUCUGCUAUGCCUUGGUGGAGUGGGCAGUG